AUAUCCUCUUUUCUCACUCUUACCACAUCCAGCAACCUCACUUUGCAUCAUCCUUCUGUGCUUUACGGAGUUCGGACAGAUUUAAACUGCAGCUGAAGAACAACCUGUUAACAAUUACGCAGUCAUGAGGAAUCCACUGGUUGUUGCCUGGCUUAUUGUCAUCUUUUCUGCAACUGGGUUUGGGGAUAUUGUGUAUCUCCGCAGGCAAAGGAACGCUUCUGCAGAGUUUUCCUGUGUGUCCACGAAUGAGAAGGAAACACCAUUUGCUUUCUCUCUGACCCGCGAGUGGCAGAAACACCAAGUGCUCUAUCUCAACUUUGGGAACAGCGCUUAUGUUUUUAAUGCGGCAGACAGGCACCGGAUCUUCGUACAGAGUGACCCAGGGCAGCGAAGAGUCAACGUGAGCAUCCAUCAUCUGCUGGGCCGCCACACUGACCUGUACCAGUGUGAGUUCCACUACGACACUGGGGACUUCAUGAAACAUCAUGGAAAGGCAAAGUUUUUUCUCCACGUUGAAGACUGCACUCCUGAAGAGUGCUCAUGCUACAGUUAUGAGCCGCUGCUGUAUUCUCUCUCAGCAGCAGCAGUGCUGCUAUUCCUGUGUGUGCUGGUGCUGGCCGCUGCCUACUGUAGGAGGCCGCCCAGCCAGCCCAAACCACCGGUAGCUCCCGUCUACGAGGAGAUGACCGGCGUGAGAAGAGCCAGUGGAAAGGCAGGCGGUCAUCACCUGGGCCUGUAUUCAAACACGCAGGAGGAAGCAGACACAUCUGUAUACAUCCGCCCCCGCAAAGAGAACCCCUACGACCCCUUACCUGGGGGUGACCCCUACAGCUUAUAGGAUACUGAGGAGCACAAAGCAUGCCGCAUGAAACGAUCACCACUGAGAUCUUUAGUCCAGUAUAAAUCUGAAGAAUUUACAAUCGCACAGUAAACAUGAUUGAGAGAUUUUGUUCCAGCAUGAUUCUGUACAAUCUGUUUUUAUCACGAUGGACAGAUUUUGCCACAGUUUGAAUCUGUACUAUCAGUGCUUUGUUUACAGUCUAAUAGGAUUUACGAUAAAGAGAUUUUACUCCAGUAUGAAUCUGCAGAAUCUGUAGUUUUUAGUCUCUCAGUAAUGAUGGUGGACAGAUUUAAUUUCCAUAUGAAGCUGUAAAUCUGUAGUCCCACUCUCUCUAGAAUCUACUCCAGUAUGAAUCUGAAGAAUUAUGAUAGAGAGAUGUUGUUGUGGUGUGAAUCUUUAAAAUCAGUGUUUUUUACAAUCUAACUGUAAUUUCGAUGGAGAUAUUUUGUUCCAGUAUGAAUCUGUAAAAUCUGUGUUUUUACAGUCUCGCUCUAAUUAUAAUGAAGAUUUUGAUUCUGGUAUUAAUUUGAAAAAUCUGUUUUUAGAUUCUCGCUGUAAUUAUGAUGGUAUGGUUUUGUUCCAGUAUGAAUCUGCACAAUGUUUUUACAGUCUCGCUGUAAAUAUAAUGCAGACUUUUAUUAUGAAUUUUUAUUCUGCUAUUAUUCCAGUAUGAAUCUGUAGGUUUAAACCUUCUCAGUAAUUUUGGUGAAGAAAUUUUAUUUCAGUAAUUAAGUUCAGUAAUUUUUUUAUCUCUGUAAUUGUGAUAAAUCUGUAUAAAUCUGUAGAAUUUACCCAAGUAAAUAUGGUGGAGAUUUUGUUCCAGUAUGAAUCUAU